AUGGGGUUGGUGGUUCAACAAGACCGAGUGACCAAACAAGCACCCGUGAUUUUUCCUUUUCUGGUGCAAAAAUGCUAUUUCAGGUUUAUCCCACAUGCCGUUGCCUGGAACCAGGCCCUGAUCGCAGCAAUCUUCACCUGGAGUCCAUCUCAUUGCGAACAUCCAGUCAACCAUCGAGGCCAAACCAUGCAAGCGAAACUCGUUCGGAGCAUGGACCCUGCCAACAGCUUUGAAAAAAGGGACAGUGCAGGGUGCAUCGUGUCACACAGCCAGGAAGAAGAAACACAUAAAAUAAAGUUCCCAUUGCCUCAAAGCAGAAAACGAAUCGAACAUGGAAGCUGUAUCUUUCGAAACACCGCUAUCCUAAAUAGUUGGCUCUCGGCACGACGUCUUGUUCACACACCACACACUUUGAUGGGAUAA